AUGAGCAACGAUAGUGCUUUAUGUGGCUUAUGUCAUCAUAAAACUCUUAAACAUUAUAAUUACAAUAUACCUGGUAAUUUUUUUAAACUUCUACAAAAUCAUAUUAAUGAAACAAAAGAAACUUUAGUCUAUUUAAUUAGAUCUCAGCUUAUGCUACAUUCAAAUUAUUCAGGUCUUCAAACUGCUUCUUCACUAAUGACUGAAUUAGAAUUUUCAGAAGUUAUACUUGUAUCAAAUUCUGCAAGAUCUACGAACAACAUCAAACCUUUAAGAAGUUCCCUUCAA